AUGUCAGUCUCCACGGUAACAGACUCAUACCUGUCCAUCGGCUUGUCAGCAGUCUCUGUGACCUCGGCGGUUACGAAUGUCACAGACUGGGAGCGCAAUGCCCUUCUGGCUGUGGCCGAGGUCGUGGUGCUGGCGGUCAUUUUGGUGAUGGCUCUGCUCGGCAACGGGCUGGUGCUAGUAGUGUUGCUAAGGCGGAGACGACACCACAACCCGCUGCACCAGUUCAUGCUCAACCUCUGUCUGGCUGACCUCGUGGUGGCACUGUUCCAGGUGUUGCCCCAGCUGGUGUGGGAUGCUACAGGCCGCUUUCCUGGCCCGGACUUCCUGUGUCGCCUGGUGAAAUACCUCCAGGUAUUCGGGAUGUUCGGCUCCUCCUACAUGAUUGUAGCCAUGACGGUGGACCGACAUUACGCCAUAUGCUGCCCCCUGCUGGCGCACCGCAGCGGGGCCACCCAACGCUGGAACAGCGCCAUACUGCUGGCCUGGGGGCUGUCGCUGCUGUUCAGCCUGCCACAGGUGUUCAUCUUCUCCCGUUCAGAAGUGGCUGCAGGGGUCUACGAGUGUUGGGGCAACUUUGCUGAGUCCUGGGGCCUCAAAGCAUACGUGACCUGGGUGACCCUGGCUGUCUUCAUCCUCCCUGUCCUCAUCAUCACUGUCUGCCAGGUGCGAAUCUUCAAGGAGAUCCACAACAAUCUGUACCUGAAGUCAGAGCGCCGCCUGUCCCCUGCCUCGCUCCCUCCAUCCAGACGGGACAGCCAGAGAGGAAGAGGAGGAGAAGGGGGCAGCAGAGGGAGGUCCAGUCUCUCCCUGUAUGUUUCACCACUCAUGUUCAACAACCCUGGGAGUGACACCAUUUUUGACCCUGGAUCCAUCUUUCAGCACCUGCCCAUGGGUCCACUCAGGUCCAAUAGCAUCUACGCUGCUGUCCACCCAGCUGAGCUGCAGCCUGAUGUUCUGCCGGGCCCCGAAGACCCCUCUGCUGUCUGCUGCCCCCCGCCCAAAGUCCCCCAGCCCAAAGUCCCCCCGGCCCGUGGUGGAGAGAUAUCAGCAGCCAUGUCAAAGACAGUGAGGAUGACGCUGGUCAUAGUGCUCGUCUACUCGCUCUGCUGGGCCCCUUUCUUCAGCGUCCAGCUGUGGGCCGCCUGGGACCCCGACCCACCUCAGAAUGGUUCAGUGUUCACCUUGCUGAUGCUGCUGGCCAGUCUGAACUCCUGCACCAACCCCUGGAUCUACUCCGCCUUCUCUAGCAGCGUCUCUUCGGAGCUCCGCCUGUUGCUGCUCUGUCGCAAUCACUCGCAGCGCCGCGGCUCGUUACCCAACGACUCCACCACCACGCACAUCUCCAACUCCUGA